AUCGUCGGUUGCAUCGCAUGUGAUCGAGCCUUCAGUGAAGUGGUCUGUGCUUCAGUGUAGAAAUGCUAAGCUGCGAAAAUGGCGGAUGAACAGGUGAGUUCUCAAUCAAAAUAUAUAAACUGAUGGAACGCUGGUUAAAGAUACAACAAACUGAUACAACAGAAAUACAUGUUGUUAAUGUGGUUGUUGUUAGUAUGUCAUUACGAACUCGAGACCGAUCGUAAUCGAACAGUUUUUCAUCAUAAAUUGUGCGUAAUUGAUGAAACUCUGUCGACUGGAUUUGCCGGACGCAAGACGGGUCCCAACCCAGUGUCAAUCAAAACAUUGUAUAGUAAAGGUUUAAAUGUGUCGUUGACAACGUACCGUUUGAGUUAAAAGCGGUGUUAAAUUAACCGGAAUACAUUUAUUAACGUUCAUUUGUACGUUGUACCAAUUGAUUAUUUCUAACCACUUCAAAAUUUGAUACUACAAAAAUGAUCGCCUGUACUUCACUGACUUUACACUAAUCAGCUUUUAUUAUAGACCAAUUACAAUAUACUCCGGUAUUUACUUGGAUGGUAAAAUAAUGAGUUUCGUAUUUUGUUGUCGAAUAUUAUCUACGGAUUUAUAUUCAUAACCUAAAAAUAUAUUUAACCGAUUAUGGCAAAACCACUGAAUCAACCUUUGUCUGUGGUACGUGGUUACGUUCAGUCGUCGGGCUUAUUUGCAUUCGAUUAUUUAUAAGUUACUAACGAUUACUAAGAAUUAUUACUUUUUGAAAACUUAUUAUUGUUACUUAUCUUAAUUCAGUGAUAUAAUUUUAUGUUUUUAUUAUAGUAAACGCAUUUUCUCAAAUCAGAACAUUGCAGAGUAUUUGUAUACUAUGGUAAAUAACAAGGGUGAAUACCAUAUUCAAAAUUAAUCUAUCUGUUUAUGUUGUUACUUUUUUUGACUGUCAAGAAUUUCAAAGUGAUGAACUUAUUCUGAGAGAGUGAACAUCCAAAUUUCAAAAUAAACUAAAUAAACACUGCGCGCUGUCAUAAUUAUCAUUCACAAUUCUAUAAACUCUAUUACUACUACUGGCUUAAACCAGGGGUUAAAAUACUGUAAAACGUCUUGGUAGUCUAGACGCCUAGUCACCCAAGCUAACCGUUUUUAAAAGCGACUUGUAAAUACCAACCAUGAUUUUCACCCAAAUUUCUUAUUUCUCGAUCACCAAAAUAUAUUGUCUAAUUGUACCAGCAGCAUCUAAGAUUGUCUGAUACCAAGUGCCUUUACACAAUCGCUUUUGUAGUUUCCGUUCCAUUCACUUUCUGAAAUGAAAACUCUUUUUUUGGAAGCUACUCUCUGAAAUAUAAGGUCAAAAUUUCUCAGGAACAUGACAAACAUGACAUUGACCGUAAUAUAAUAUUUCAAACUUCCGAUCUUCAGUAUCUUAAUUUAUCGUAUUUAGUUGCUACAAGAUUCAUAAGUUAUAAUUUGCAACCCGUGACCAGUCAUAUACUGCAUCAUGGUCUAUUUUUUCAAUAUUUAUUGCCAUUGAAAUUUGAAUUGGAAGAAUGUUGCAAUUAUCAAAAGUGAAUUUACAUUAAGCAUGAUUUUAACCAAGUUUUAUUUUCAUAUUUCUUAUGCAGCACGUAGUGAUCCCAGCAUUUAGAAAAUUGAUUGAUAUGUAUAUUAAAUAAAAGGCAUUUUCAGACAAAAAUGGGAAUUUGGUUGUGAAUACGCAGUCUACAUGUCUUGAUUGCAUAAAAUCUAAAGACAAUAUCACGAGGUCUUAGUUCUGACCAGUGAAUUAUAAACGUAGCCUAAGAAUUUAAACUAUACAUUGGUUUUGAGAAAAUACCAAACUACGUACUUUCUGUAUAUAUUAAGUGGUUAAUGUAGUUGAUAAAGUUAAUAAAUUUUCAAAAAGUGAUGUUCACCAAAUGCGAGAACUGUAAAGUAAUUUGAAGACAGUGUCAUGAAAAUAAAGAAGAAUGUAAAUGAAAUGAAAAUUGUUUAAUAAACGUCGUUUAAAUACAUCCGGCGAGUGAAAUAUGAUAAUUUUUUAAAAUAACAAACUUAAGGCUUGUGUAAGAUCAUAAAAAUGAAUCACGUUCAGGAAGUACGGCAGCUGGAGUUGCUGUGCAAACAGCUGUACGAGUCCCAAGACUCAGGACACCGUGCGGAGGCUGAAAAGGCUUUGGUUGGAUUUCAAAAUGCCCCUGAUACUCUCACUAAGUGCCAGCUACUCUUGGAUCGUGGAGAUUCGGCAUAUGCUCAGCUAUUAGCUGCAACAACCCUCACUAAAUUGGUAUCUCGUCCUGCACAGGGCCUCAGUUUGCAGCAAAGACUUGACAUACGAAAUUAUGUUUUAAAUUACUUGGCAACGCAACCUAAACUACCGAAUUUUGUGAUACAAGCUCUGGUCACACUCUUUGUCAGGAUAUCUAAGCUCGGAUGGUUUGACUCCGAUAAAGAUGACUAUGUUUUUAGAAACGUUGUUAGCGAUAUUACAAAAUUUCUUCAGGGAUCUGUUGAACAUUGUAUGAUUGGGGUGCAGCUGCUUUCGCAACUGACUUGUGAAAUGAAUCAAAUAUCUGAAGCCGAUGCUAAUAGAUCAUUUACUAAACACCGAAAAAUAGCCAGUAGCUUUAGAGAUUCUCAACUGUUCGAAAUUUUCAGGCUCUCAUGUAACUUAUUAAGCACUGCCCGCGAAAAUUGUAAAAGCUUGAAUUUCAAUGAUGAAGCACAGCACGGUUUGAUGACCCAACUACUAAGGCUGGCACAAAAUUGCUUGACAUUUGACUUCAUUGGAACUUCUACUGACGAGAGUUCCGACGAUCUUUGCACAGUUCAAAUACCAACCAGCUGGCGUUCGGCGUUUUUAGACUUCACAACAUUGAAGUUGUUUUUCGAUCUCUACCACAGUCUCCCAAAUACCUUAUCCUCCCUAGCCUUAUCGUGCUUGGUUCAAAUAGCGUCAGUUAGAAGAAGUUUGUUUUCAAAUACUGAAAGAGCGAAAUUUCUAACACAUUUAGUCAAUGGCGUGAAGCACAUCUUGCAGAACCCUCAGGGCUUAAGCGAUCCUGGAAAUUAUCACGAAUUUUGUAGAUUACUGGCGCGCUUAAAAAGUAACUAUCAACUUGGAGAAUUAGUCAUGGUCGAAAACUAUCCCGAAGCUAUACAAUUGAUAGCUAAAUUUACCGUUCAAAGUCUACAAAUGUGGCAGUUUGCACCUAACAGCGUUCACUAUCUACUCAGCCUUUGGCAGCGUAUGGUUGCCUCUGUGCCCUAUGUGAAAGCAACGGAGCCACAUCUGCUAGAAACAUAUACACCUGAAGUAUCAAAUGCAUACAUAACUUCAAGAUUAGAAUCAGUGGCUGUUGUUGUGAGAGAUGGCUUGGAAGAUCCGCUCGAUGACUUAGGAAUGGUACAGCAACAACUGGAGCAACUAUCUGUAAUAGGAAGAUGCGAAUAUCAAAAAACGUGUACGCUGUUGGUCCAGUUAUUUGACCAGGCAGCGAGAACUUAUCAGGAACUAAUGGCACAAACGGCAUCACCAACUCAACAGAUCGAUAUUACAAUACAAGAAGGACAGCUUACCUGGCUUGUCUACAUUAUCGGUAGUGCCAUCGGAGGGCGGGUCUCAUUCCAUAGUAAUGAAGAACACGACGCGAUGGACGGGGAACUGGUAUGCCGUGUGCUCCAGCUUAUGAAUUUGACAGACUCAAGACUUGCCCAGGGUGGUUGUGAAAAAUUAGAACUAGCCAUGCUCAGUUUCUUUGAACAGUUCAGAAAAAUAUACGUUGGCGAUCAAGUACAGAAAAAUUCUAAAGUAUACAGAAGAUUGUCGGAUGUAUUGGGCCUCAGUGACGAAGCUAUGGUUCUUAGUGUAUUCAUUAGAAAAAUAAUAACAAAUUUAAAAUAUUGGGGCAGGAGUGAACAAAUUAUUUCUAAGACUUUGCAACUUCUAAAUGACCUUUCGGUGGGAUACAGUUGUGUGAGAAAGCUGGUAAAACUAGAAGAAGUCCAGUUUAUGUUGAACAAUCAUACGAGUGAACAUUUUCCAUUCUUGGGGAACAGCGUAGCUGUUACAGAAAUGCGAUGCAGAUCUAUGUUUUAUACGUCACUUGGUAGACUCCUUAUGGUAGACCUCGGAGAAGACGAAGAAAGAUUUCAUACCUUCAUGUUGCCACUUACAGCUGCUCUCGAAAGCCUUGGGCAACUCAUGGGUGCCGCUGAUACUCCACUUUUUGCUGCCGAAGAAGCGAAAAAGGCAUUAAUUGGUCUUGCCCGAGAUCUUAGGGGUCUUGCUUAUGCCUUCAAUACCAAACCUUCUUAUAUGAUGCUGUUCGAUUGGAUUUAUCCAAAUUACACACCAAUUUUAUUACAUGCCGUGGAAUUGUGGCACCAUGAGCCACAGGUCACUACACCAGUCCUAAAAUUAUUUGCUGAAUUAGUACAAAACCGAAGCCAACGUUUACAAUUCGAUGUAUCAUCUCCAAAUGGUAUUUUACUAUUUCGUGAAGCAAGUAAAGUGAUAUGUAGCUACGGUAAUCACAUACUGAACGUUGAGGUACCCAAGGAUCAGAUGUAUCCUCUGAAGCUCAAGGGAAUAAGUAUUUGCUUCAGCAUGUUGAAAGCCGCUUUGUGUGGAAGUUACGUAAAUUUUGGAGUAUUUAGAUUAUAUGGUGAUGAAGCACUUGACAACGCUCUCAAUACUUUUGUCAAAUUACUUCUUAGUAUACCACAAAGUGAUUUGUUGGAUUAUCCCAAAUUAUCAGCUACAUAUUAUGUACUACUAGAAUGCCUGGCACAAGAUCACAUGGCAUUUUUAUCAACGUUGGAACCCAGGGUAUUUCUGUACAUCUUAUCAUCCAUCAGUGAAGGCCUUACGGCACUAGACACUAUGGUUUGCACGGGCUGCUGUGCAACACUAGAUCAUAUUGUGACUUACCUCUUCAAACAGCUGUACCAAAAAGCAGGUGUUUACCCCGGCAAAAAAAACACCUCUGUACCUGGUGGAGGAGACCUGUUUUUACAAGUUUUAGAACAGCAUCCUGGAAUUCUUCAGCAAAUACUAAGCACAGUAUUAAACGUAAUAAUGUUUGAAGAUUGUAGAAAUCAGUGGAGCAUGUCUAGGCCUCUCUUAGGUCUUAUACUUUUGAAUGAAGAGUAUUUCAAUCAGUUGCGAGAGAAUAUUAUUAGGAGUCAACCGGUAGAUAAACAAGGUGCCAUGGCGCAGUGGUUUGAAAGCUUGAUGGAUGGCAUCGAACGAAAUCUGCUCACCAAAAACAGAGACAGGUUUACACAGAAUCUUUCAACGUUUAGGAGAGAUAUAAAUGACUCCCUUAAGGGACCCAAUAUGUCUGCAAACUCAGUCAGUGACAUGAUGACUUCGUAGUGGUUCGGUUUAAUGUUAGCUAGGUUCCGCCCAAUUCUUACCUAUUACCCGCCAAAUGCUUGACUGUGCGAGUGCGACUAUGACUUAUGAUGGAAUUACGCUUUAAGUAUGUACCCAAGUGUAAUGAUAAUGAACUAAUGAUGAGAUCUUAGAGUCCCUGCUAGUUGGCUUCCUAUUCCUCAAUCGUAUUGUUUUUAUCUUCUGAUUAUUUGGUGCAGAAGCAUCAUUUUACUGAUCGCAAGGAUCGUUUCUUAACAAUAUACAUUCACUCUAAUGUUAAUAUAAGUUUAUUGUAAUGGUCUACACGUUUUCUAUUGGUAAAGUAAUUUUGUACUGUCCUAUUGAAAAUCGUCCCAAAAAAGGGAUUUCAUAUAAUUUAUUCAACGACAACUUGUUAAAUUUAUUCAACUUGAUACCCUUCAGAAGUAAUAUUCUGAGCCCAUCUUUGAAAGAUAGGUAAUACUGUUUGAAAGAUAUGGAUAUGGCAGCAAGGAAAUGAAAUUCUAUUAGUGAAACUUGACUGAUGUCUUUAAACUAGUACUAUUCGCUACUUUUCGCAAGCGCCGCCUAUAGUGCCUAUACAAUGAGUGUCAUUUUUGAAUACUUCCAAAGACGUUGGUAACAUCUGGAGCUGCUUUUCACUAAAUAAAGCAAACUGCUUUACAGCUUGUAUCAAUGAAUGACAGUUUUUAACGAAUAAACGAAGCUGGUUGUCCGGUAACAAAAGUGAUGAAGAAUUGUUGUCCAAAGAAUGAAAAAAUAGAGUAUUUUCUUUAUUCAACACUUUGUUCUGAUGAAUCUUCUGUAAUACUAGUAAUACACAAAAGUUUGAAAAAGUGAGAAAUUUGACAAACUCAUGUGACACCAGCGUGUGAAUGCAUUUUAAUGAUCUGAAUCGAUUAAUGUGUUUAAAAGGAAGAAUACAACAAGCGGGCAUAGUCAUAAAUAUAGUUGAAAACUGUUUUUAUUAUAAUUCAGAAUGGGGAGCCACAUGCAAGUCUACCAUUAGAUAUCGUACAACUUUUUUGGAUGUUGAUUAACGCGUAGUUCGUAUGCUUCCAUUCUUUAGAAUGUGCUAGUUUUUGGCGUUUUUAUUCCAAUAUAUCAAAGUUUGUAUUGGCCACAAAGAGUGUAGUGUAAAUGUGGACCGCGGCCUUAAAACCUGUUUGUGGCAAUGCUGGCUAGUGUGGCGGUGGGUAAUACUGACAAUGAUUUAGAAUUACGAGCCUGAACUGAACCUCAAGCUGAAUUAUGUCGGAUCAGUUAACUGGAGUACACGAACUAUUACAUAAAGUCAGUCAGCUGUGAACUAUGUGAAUGAUGUACAUGAAGAUAUCAUUAAAUAAUACCAUAAGAGUGCAUAGUUAAUAUUAUUAAUAUUAAUAUUAUUAUGAAUAUAUUAUUGUAACAAAAAUAGACCCUUAAAUAUAUAGCAAUGCAAAAAAAGGAAAAGAAAUUCGACACGGUGUAGCCUGCUGCCAACAUACAUCAGAUUAUGGAGGUUCUUUUUCUUUCGAGGGUAGUAGCAUCAUUCUUAAUCUUGAUUUUAUCAAUUCCGUAAAAAAAAAAUUAUUUAUAAAGAAAAAAAAACAAGAAUCGGAAAUCUCGUCUUGUUCCUGAAGCGUACGAUAUCUACUUCAUAUGCUAAAAGUCUAUUGUUUGUACAAAGUUUUGUAACUUCACAAAAAUACUUCGUGACGUGUCUUGAGCAAUAAAAAUCUGUUACAAUAAA